UUUACGCCGGAAGCGGCGGGAUGCGUCGACCGGUUGUUGGAAGCCGCUAAAAAUACGUUUUGAAUCCAAGCAAACGUGUUUCUUGUUCUUAAAGUGUAUCGUUAAAUAUUUGUAUUGCUUUCCCUCAGUCUUUGAACUCAUUUGGAUAUAUAAACCAUGUUUGACAUGUACUGACACAUGACAGGAUGUUAGUGGGCUACAGCAGCAGCUCGGAGGAGGAGAGUGAGGCGGCAGAGGGGACUGAUGGAAACAAACCUUUUUCUCCAAAGCGUCAAGCGAAAGAUGGUGGUGACGAUGGCAACCCAGCGAGGAAGAAACCCAGAAUUGAGGAAGAGCUUCCUAAAACAAGGUGUCUGGCAAGGCUGCCUCUACCUGGCUGCCUGUCGGCCAUGUUCCCAGAUGAAGUGGGCUCAGAGACUGAAGACAGCGCUCUACAUGGUGGACGCAUCCGCUCCUUUAAACAUGAGAGAGGCAACUGGGCCACAUAUGUUUAUUUACCAUACCAUCCUGAUGAGGAGUUCAGGGAGUUGUUGGAGGAGCUGCUCUCAUUGGCCAGGACCCAUGGUGCUGUUUUGACCCCGCAGGAGGAGUUUCACCUCAGCCUGUCUCAGACGGUGGUGCUCAGACACCACUGGAUCCAACCCUUCAUCCAGAGCCUCAAGGCAGGCCUGCUGCACUGCAAAAGGUUUGUCUGCUCAGCAGGGAGACUAAAGGUCUACUGUAACGCUGAGAGGACCAGGACGUUUCUGGGGAUGGAGGUGUAUAGUGGGCAUGCUCAGUUGUUGGACCUGGUCCAAGUAGUGGACAGAACCAUGAAAGACUUUCACCUGGACACUUUCUAUAAGGAUCCAUCCUUCCAUGUGAGUCUGGCGUGGUGCGUUGGAGACUUGACAGAACAGAUGAAGGAGUGCAUUGUGGGGAUGCAGAGUCUGAUUGAUGACCAUGAAGAAGGACAGUUUGAGCUCAGGUUGGACGGCAUAGAGCUUCGCUGCAGGACGGGAAACAAGACCUUCCACUUCCCGCUGGAGCUCUAAAAUCUGACACGUACUGGUGCAUCUCAGUAAAUUAGAGUAUCAUAGAAAGUUUAUUUAUGUCAGUAAUUCAAUUCAAAAAGGUGAAAUAACACAUUUUAUAGAUCCUUUACACAAUUAAUGAAGCAUUUCAUGUCUUCAUUUAUUUAAUUUCUUCUAAUUAUAAUGAUUAUGGCUUACAUUUAAUGAAGACCUAAAAUUCAGUGUCUCAAAAAAGUUAAUAUUACAAAAGACCAAUUAUAAAAAGUAUGUUUAAUAUGUAAAUGUUGGCCUCUGAAAAGUAUAUCCAUCUAUAUGACUCAAAAUGGACUUUUCUAUCAUAUUCUAAUGUAUUGUGAUGCACCUGUAUAUGCCCUACCAAGCCUAACUGCAGUAACUACAUUUUUGGUCAAAAUUGAGUUAUAACUAAAAAUGAACUCCUUGAUGUCUGUUUUUUUCUUGUGACAAAGUUUUAGAUUUGAAUUUUGCUUUAUUUCAGAGAAAUAAUAAUAUAAAAACCACAAAAUCCAACUCAAAACCAAGCAGUAAUUGCACUUACCACAGUCUGCUUUGGAUAUAUUUACUAAUUUAAACAUAAAAAUAAUAGAAAUUUAUAGAAAGUUUAUUUGAAAGGGAAAGUAUUAUCUAGAUUUAAUAGAAUAUAUAGUAUAGAAUAUUAUCUAGAUUAUCUAGAAAUAUUAUCUUGAUUGACUUAAAAUGAUAUUAAGACUAAAACAUAACAUUUCUUUAUAAUAAGUCUAAAAUACGCAAAUCUUUGAAUAUACAUACUUUUAAAUACACUUCUAACAAAAUCAAUUGGAAAAUGUUUAUUCGCUGAAAUUAAAAAAAUUAAAGUUACUGCACUAUGUUUGUGCAUUACUAUUAGAACCUUUUACAGCAAAACCAGAGUGCAGUAACAACUUUUUUGGGGUCUAAUAUAUCGUUAUGAUUUUGAGAAUAAAAAUGACAUCAUCGAUACAUGUAGAAAUAAGUGUCAUAUCACUUAUCUACCUAUAACCAAUUUGGCUGACCAGUUAAAAAACUUAAAAAAAAACUUUAAAGCAGUUUUUCUCAGUUUUACCUUUUGUGUAGUUACUGCAGUUAGACUUUGUAGAGCAGUAUACCUCUGACCCACGUAGAUGACCUGCAGAUGACCCAUUUAGUGCAAUUUUUUUUAUUAACUGCACAGAUUUGUGGCAUGUCCCAACAUAGAAAGUCAAGGCUUAAUGGCAAAAAUAAUAAUAAAAAAUAUGGAUUGUAUUUUAAUACUGUAUGUAAAUAAAGUUGUUACUGGUUUUCUA